AUGCCAGCGGGUUCUCUCACUCACACCUUGUACAAGGACUUCCAGGAUCUCGACUGGGAAAAGCAAGUCGCUAACGACGUGGAGGUCGCACCUGACGAGUGGCAGUGGGUCCAAAACUCUUCAACCGAGGGGUACUUCUACAACCCUGUUACGGGAGAAGCACGCUGGGACGACCCGGCAGCUUUUGAAGAGGCCAAUAGCCAUGCGUUGGUCGAACGCGGGUACAACGAUGCCUUAGCGACGGAAGGGGUUUCCAUCCGGGAAACUCUGACGGAAUACGACGGCCGAGGAAGUUACACCUUCACCGCAGACGACGGUACCGUGUGGAGCUACGAUGAAGCCCUCGGAGACUACGUUCAACAUCACGAUGACCAGGAAAGUUCGUGGGAACCACCUCCAGAAUGGCAGGAGAACCCGGUUGCUGAGGAUUACCAUUCCUCGACGUAUCAGAACGGCGUGCCCAACAACGACGGGGGUGUCGAGGAGUUGCAACAGCCGGCAAGGUCUGCUAUCACCGGCGACGAGAGCAACGAGGAGGGUGGAACUCUGCACUAUGCGCCGCCGCAGGAGACGGCACUUGAACCAGUCCCAACCGGCGCCGCCGGCUCCGCGAGUAUCGCACAACCUGAAGGAAGAAAAGGAUACGAUGGAAACGACGGUGCCGCCUCUACCGGGAUACGAUCGGAGCCGAGCUCGCAACCACAGGAAAAUGAUACCCAUGGCGACAUGGCCAGCGCUGGGCCGAGAAGCAGCGGUGACAACAAUUCUCUCGAUCAAACGUCUGCCGACGUGUUCAGCCAGUGGUCCCUGGAGAAACUUCGGGGGGUUUCUAAGAUGCUCCCAGGGAAAUGGCCCGUGAGCGAUUUCUUGGUGGACCGCGCGACGGAGGACUACGAUAUGAUGCUAUCGCUGAACGCGUCUGAGAUCGAAGCCAUCAAGAACAAGGGCACGUCCCAAAUAAUCCGCUCGCUUGUCGGACCCGAGGAUGGGGAGGACGACGACGAAGAUGAAUUGUCUCUGUCCUGCGACUCCUGUGAGACGGCGGACGACCCACACCUAGAGGACCAGCUGUCCGCGUCGGCGACGGCCGACCAGGUUGAGUACCCAACCGCGCAAGGAUCCCUCGGAAAGCCCAGCGGAGGCAUUGGAACCGCGAGGGCAUUAUCGGUGACGUCAUUCCCGGGGUCUUCUCCAGGUGACGCGGGCGAUGGGGUUGUGACGAAUGCCGGGAAGAAGGAAGCCGCUGCUAGCGCCACGGGAAGCGAAAGCGCCGGCAAGAAUCGAGAGAUUUCCCCAACGACGCGGCAUGUUGAAGGCAAACGGCUCAGGCUCGGGCGGCGUGGGUCUUUGCUGGGGCUGGACCGAGCGAAAGUCGACAACGAGGGCGAGGGGCUCGAUGGCUGGAAGGUGGACGUUUCCGGUGCGGGCAUGGGAGGGCUGAAGAAAAAGAAAGCUAAAGGCGUAUGGAAGGUGGAACAGAUUCUAGCACGGGAGGCCCUUCGUCGAGAAAAAGAUCCUACCCCCGCCGAGGCGGCGCAGGAUGCCAUGGAGAGCAUUAUCACCGCGAUCGAGAGACGGGAGGAUAAAAAGCGGCGGCGUCAGGAGCACAACAUCCGCGCGUUGGAGCGGGCGCGGUGGCACCCUUCAACUUCGGGUUACCUGAUGCAGAGGCUCGCGGUUUCAGCAUCGACAACAGCCAUUGCCGCUGCGCGAGCGAACGAACUGGAGGAAGGACCUGAAGGGAAGAUGAUACUCACGGACGCGGAUUUUCUGGAUAUGAAUCUAACGCAGGGAAGGGGCCUCGCGACCCCGGUACACUUUAACCUGCCCACCAAACUUUUUCAGCCGCGCACGAAGGGGGCGAGGUUACCAGCCGCCCCGAGCCUUCCGACCCUACCUUCUCUUCGAGCGCUGGCCGGAGUUCGGUCGCUGGGCGAUCUCAAGCGCGAACUGACAGCGCUCGGAACAGCCACUCGCACCGCCACGGCCACACCAGCGAAUCAGGAGCAGGCGAUGACCACGGAAGGCGGUGGCACUGUUGGCGGAAAUGCCCUCUCGUCCAUGAAGACUCGGGCAUGGAAGAGAAAGGAGAAGGCCACCGUAGCCGAAUCAGCAGACACAGCCAGCAAGGCUAAGGGAAAAGCUUUGGCUGACGGAGGUACGCCGGUGCCCGCAACAGCAGUGGCAGUGCGCACGGAAAAUGACGAAACUUCGACAGCACUAGGACGGCAAGACAGCGUCGCGGCGCCGGCACCCGCCGACUCCCCUCCCACGAGAAACGCCGAGUCUCGUGCUGAGCACGAUGGGGCGACCGCGGCCACCGGGAAGAGAUCAAGGGACGACCACAACAAACCCAGCAACGACCGCGGCGACAGCGGCAGCAGCAGCACCAGCAACAUCGCCAAGGGCGCUUUCGCCUCAACAAAAGCACCGUCGGCAGCGACAACAGCUGUCAGACCGGCGAGUGUACCGAACGGCGGGGCCAAGGAUUCCAAGGGGCAAGCCGGGACGGGGAACGAGGAGGAGGAAUCUCGACAACAGUACAAAAAGGGCCCGCCAAGCCCUCGCGUGCUGACGGCCGUUGCGCCCCUCGACGAGCAAGUGCGGGGAUUUGGGGCCAAGCUAGCGCUCAAGAUCGAGACCGGAGAUCUUGACCCAAAGCGCGCGGGCGAUGCCGUGGCAGCGAUGGCGAAAAAGAGGUUGGCUGCGGCGGGGAAGGCCAUGGGCCUCCCAAACAAGGUCGCCACUACGACAAAGGUGCCUGAGAAGCCCGGCAGAGUCCUCAGGCCCCAGCCGCCCCCGCCAGACGUGUCUACCAUAACUAUUGAGUUAGCUUGCACGCCGCCUCCGUUCAAUCUUCUGACCACGGUCAAAGUAGAGGACCCGGCCACCGGCAAGAAGUGCGACCGCGAGGAGUUGACCUCGGUACUACGAGACGCCUGGGAGGGCAUGCUGGUGCGGGAUAUCGCCAUGGCGGGAGGAGUCGACCCUCAGCAGGUUAUAGUUGAGGAAGUCCGUCACCGGCGGGUAAGCACAGCUAACGCUUCAGCAGACGCAUCGCCUUUUCGGCCGGAUCGACGAGACGAGACUUUCCGCCGUUGUGCUGGAACAGAGCACGCGGCGGCGGGAAUGGCAACGACAACAAGAAGCCCUGCCCCCGCUCGGGCUGAGGGCCUUGUCGCGCCCUUUCCUACUUCAGGACAGCGGCAGGAGGAACCGCUUGGAAGCAAAACCGAACGACUGCUGGCACCGGAGAGUUGUUCUCUCCCACAGGCGGGUCUACGUGCAACCAUGACCAGGCGCUUGCGUCCUCCUGUCGCGAAGAAACGAAGACUGGGCAGGGGCUGGGCUGGCCGUGGCGGCAGCGGCGUUGGCGAUCACGGCAAAGAGCAAGCCAGCCUCCUCACUGAUCUUAACGGGGAACUCUCGCGCGCUUCGCCGCAACUUGGCGAAGUAGAUCGGCGCGCGUUCACGGCUCCGAGCUUGGGCUCCCCUUCCUUGGGGGUAGAUGAGGUGGUGGGGGCAUCGGGGACACCGCGAGAGCCGGUGGCGGGGUCGUCCGGGCCACAAAAGAUGCUGCUGCCGCGCAUUGCUAGCAGUAACGGGUUUUCGUCGGACGGCGCGUGGAAUUCCACGGGGCAGGGGACAGGGGACACGCCGUUUCGCAGGAGAGGCGCCGUUGUCAACGGCUCAGCCCCGUGGAAAGGGAUGAAUUUUGCAGAUAUGAACGUGGCGGAUGACCAUGCGGUUGGGAUCGGGGCCGGAAAUCGAGGCGAUUUCGGCAUCCUCGGUCGUAUCCAGCAAGGGGGCGGCCGCUUUGUCGGAAGCUUGGGGCACAUGCAGGAGAUGUUUGAGCCGGUUGACGAAGGACGAACUCAAGACCCUGAGUGAGCACCAAACGGUUUUGGGGUAAGGGGUCGGGGCUGGACAACAACGCGGUGGAACUGAUGGUCUUUCAAUCCACCCAACAGCCACAACAAAACACAGCAACAACAUUCUCGUGACCGUAGUGUGAAGGUUGGACCUGUUCACACGGUCGAAUGGGUCUCUAUAAGCAUGCUCGUGGAUCACCUCACGUUCAGCUGGUGUUGGUGUUGGUGUGAUAGUUCUUAGUGUUUUUGUGAUGAUAAGAGUGUUGAUCUUGUUGUUGUCGAUUUUGUUCAUGAUGAUGGUGUGUCAUGGUGGUGUCGGUGAUGUUUCGCAGGGUGCAGGUGGCGAUUCAGGAAGCCGCCAGGCUUCGGAGCAACACGACAUGGCAGGCAAAAGAUGAUCUGAUGAAGGGUAGGUGGUUGCUCGCCCGUCACGCGCUCCGCUCCUCGCAGCAGCAAAGAAUGGUUCACUCCGCGAAUGACGCAGUAUAGUGUUGGCACAUCUGCCCGAUCUUUCGAACCUUUUCGGUGGACGGGCGGAUAGUUCUACAUUCCUCUCUGGACACUUUGGAAAGGACGAAACAAAUCAAAGUCUCAUGGUAAUGUUUAGUGAAGAAUUACGUAAUAAUAUUUACUUUCGAACGUGAGACUUAGAAACAUCGGGGUACCAACAUCGAAAACGGUUCGGGCUUCGGACCCCCAAACGCCCGCCCCCCCCGCCUCUCUGUGGUAAAUCAAGCCGAUCACUUCGUGAGCUCAGCAAGCAGGUUACCGAUUUUUUUUUGCCUCUGUAUUUUGUAUUUGCGGUAACGAUAUUUGUAGUCGAGUAGACUAUGUUGUGCGGGGUCGAGAACCCUCACUCCGCGCAAGGGGGGGUUUCCCCCGCCGCCCCUCCCGGUGUUUACCAUCGGGGUUGGGUUUUCGUCGCUUGGCAACGACGUUGUAAAACAAGCCGCCCCCCCCCGGUGUUUGCCAUCGGGGUUGUGUUUUCGUCGCUUGGCAACGACGUUGUAAAACAAGCCGCCCCCCCCGGUGUUUGCCAUCGGGAUUGGGUUUUCGUCGCUUGGCAACGACGUUGUAAAACAAGCCAAUUCACUUCGUGAACUCGGCAACCAGGUUACCGUUUUUUUUUUUUUCCUCCGUUUAUUUUUUUUGGGCGGUAACCAUAAUGAUGGUUGAGUAGAUCAUGUUGUGCGGGGUGAACCCUCACUCCGCGCAAGGGGGAUGAUCGCACCACGUUGUGUUGAAAUGGUCAAGCACCCUCGAGGCAGUUACACAGUGCUUACAACUGUCUCUGGAAGUGAAAGCACCAGAAAAUAAAUUAAUUCAUACGCAGCUGUCAUCCGUACGCAAGGAAGUAAGCACAAGAUGCCGAACACCCUUAGCAGGAUGCAGCGCACCCUUCAUGCGACUCGCCGAAUAUCUCACGGCGCUUCGCGCUUGGUGAUGUGAGAGCCUGGUCCGGUGAGAACCCGGCGUGCUCCGUCCCGGCUUUGUAGGGAUGCGAGGUCAAUGGUCUAACGACUACGGCAUGCACGACCAUGAGUACACCCCCCCUCGCCCCCCAUCUAAACUUGAGUGGGUUGGCGCUGUGGCAAAGCGCUGUAAAACACGCCACCCCAAAUAUAGCCCCCCAUAGUAUGCGCUACCAAAACGCGUGACGCAUGGAUGCGUGGAGUGAGGAUUGCUUACGGAAACCUCACAGGUUGAGUGAUGUAGGAGAUUGCCGGACACAUAGACGUGUUGAGUGAUUAUAGCUGUGUACUGAAACCCCACGGGUUGAGCGAGGUUUGAGAUUGCCAGGACAUAGACGGGUUGCGUGGGGAUAGCUGCUGGAACCCCACGGGUUGAGUGAUGUUGGAGUGCCGGACACAUAGACGCGUUGAAUGAGGAUAGACACAUAUUGAACCUCACAGGUUGUUUGUAUUGGAGAUUGCGAGACACCUAGACGUGUUGAGUGAGGAUAGCUGCAUACUGAAACCUCACAGAUGCAUUGUUUGCCAGGCACAUAGUCGCGCUGCGUGGGGAUGGCUACAUACUGA